AUGCAGCGCAUCUUUGGCAGAGCGGCCAGCAGAAGCCCCCGAAGCUCGGGCAGCAGCAGCAGCGGCGCCCGGCGCUCCUCCUCCACCGAGCGAGACUCGCGGGCGCAGCGCACCGAGCGGGUGAGCGUCGUCAUGCCGGCUGGCGUCCGUCCGGGCAUGGAGGUACAAUUUGAGAACCCGCGGACCGGGCGGUACUUCAAGGCGGCGGUGCCGCCGGGCCUCUUGCCUGGGCAGACCUUCAUCGUCAACGUCCUUCGCUCGCGGGAGAGCUCGCCAGCACGCGGGCGAGAUGUUGUGCCGGUGGAAGUAAGCUUCCCUUCGGCCGCAGCGUCGCCGGGCAGGAGCGCGACGAGCCCCGCGCAGCAGGGCGGCGCGAGCGAGCGCGAGAGGCGCGAGGCGGCGGAGCUGGCGGAGGCUAUGGCGGCGUCGCUCGCGGAGCAGGAGGCGGCGCAGCGGCGGCGCGCCGCGGAGGAGGCGUCGGAGCUGGAGCUGGAGGAGGCGACGCGCCUUUCUGCGGAGGAGGCGCAGCGCGAGCUCUCGUGGCGCUCCGAGGGGCAGUCCUGGCGCUCGGACGGACAGCAGUCCUGGGGAAGGGAGGCGGAGGCGGCCUUGCGCGCCUUCGAGCUCGCGGCUGCCGCCUCUCCGCCCGCCCAGCCUCAUGGCCCGGGGCCUGGACUUCCCUCGGUCCAGUCCGAGCCAGAGGCGUCCCUGGCGGAGCAGAAUGCAGAAUGUGCCGUCUGCUUUGACCCUCUCCACGCCGCGCCUUGCGCGCUCUUCCGGUGCGGCUCCUUCCGCACGUGCCGCCACUUUCUGCACGAGGCGUGCGCCCGCUCGCUGCCCUUCCCCGAGUGCCCGCUCUGCCGAUGCGCCUUCGACACCGUGCAGCCGCUCCCGCCGCUGCUCUCCGACCCUGCCGGCUGGUUCCGCGCCGUGGACACGGGUGGCGAGGCCGCGGGGCACGCCGCGCGGCUUUCGCGGCCGCAGGAGGCGGUCGUGCGGGGGCUGAUCAAGACGUACGGCCUCUCGUCGGACCUCGCGCAGGUGGUGCAGAUGCGCGAGAACGUCGCCGCCGUGUGGGCGCUCUUUGUCGACGGCGCGGCCGAUGAGGGCGACGCUUGCGUGACGCGCGAGGCGUUCCUCCGCCCGGCGGAUGGGCUGGCCGACGCCAUCAUCGCCUCGCGCGCCACGCUCGCGCAAUGCCGCGCGCAGCGAGGCGUCGCGGUGGCUUGUCUGUAG